UCAUAAUUAACAUGGUGGCUUGUUUUGAUGUCUCAUUAGUCAUUACAAAAUACAACCUUCAGAGUUAAGACUUCAGGCUUUAAAUAUAUAAACAUAAGAAUAAAGAAAUAUACCCAAUCUGUGACUGUGUAUAUACUUUCAUACGUUUAUAAAUUAUUGAAAGUUUAUUCUUUCGUAGCUAAACUUUGUUUAUAACUAAAAACAAUUCUAACAAGUUACCUGUGUUUACAUAUUUAUUAUUAUUAUACCUUAACGAGUGUAUAUAGUAUAAACCCCGGAUUUGAUUCAAAAAUUUUUAGACUACCCGUUUCGAUCAAAAGACCUCUAAAAUUGCGAUGCACGAUACUACCUUUUUAUUAGGCCACCGAAUACAAGGAGUUGAUGCAACUGCAUACUAUGUAUCAGAUUUCAUAACAGAGGCAGAAGAGAAAAAUAUUUUAAGUAAUGUAUAUGGUGUUCCGAAGCCAAAGUGGACACAACUGUCAAAUAGAAGACUACAAAAUUGGGGUGGAAUCCCCCAUAACAAAGGCAUGAUUGCUGAAAAUAUUCCAAUGUGGCUUAACAAUUACCUUCUAAAAAUCGACAAAUUAAAUGUAAUGAAUGGAAAUAAGCCUAAUCAUAUAUUGGUAAAUGAAUAUACUCCAGGACAAGGCAUCUUGCCCCACCUUGAUGGAUUUUUAUUUUACCCAACAAUCACUACAAUAUCUCUAGCCUCACAUACUAUUUUGAAUUUUUAUGAACCAAUUUCUAAUCAUUCAAACAUUUUAAAACCAAAAUUUUCAUUUCUUUUAGAGCCCAGAAGUUUAUUGAUUCUACAAGAUAAAUUGUUUAGCCAUUAUUUGCAUGGCAUAGAAGAUAUUCAUGAAGAUAUAAUUACUGACUCAAUAUUAAAUUUAAAUAUGUGUUCUAGUAAAUAUUACAAAGAAAAGAAAAUUAUACGAGAAACUAGGAUAUCAUUGACAAUAAGACAUGUUCCAAAAACAACUAGAUUUAAGAUUAAUAUUGGAAAACAAUAGAAAUGUGAAAGAUAUGAAAGUAAUAAAUUUAUAACUACUAAA